AUGGAUCAUAGCUUUGUGGGAAUGAAGGGUGGAGAAAUUUUCCACGAGAUGAUGUUGAGGCAGGGCGUGAAGCAUAUCUUCGGCUACCCUGGAGGCGCCAUUCUCCCCGUUUUCGAUGCCAUUUUCAAUAGCCCGCAUUUCGACUUCAUCCUCCCUCGACAUGAGCAAGGCGCUGGACACAUGGCAGAAGGAUACGCGCGCGCGUCGGGCAAAUGUGGAGUGGUGGUUGUAACAUCGGGACCAGGUGCGACCAACGUUAUCACACCCAUGCAGGAUGCUCUGAUGGACGGUACACCAAUGGUCGUUUUCUGCGGACAGGUGCCAACAUCAGCCAUUGGCUCAGACGCUUUCCAAGAGGCCGACACUGUGGGAAUCUCCCGAGCAUGCACAAAGUGGAACGUGAUGGUCAAGAACAUCGCUGAGCUCCCACGACGCAUUAACGAGGCGUUCGAAAUCGCUACAUCGGGCAGACCAGGCCCUGUGUUGGUCGAUCUGCCGAAAGAUGUCACCGGUGGCACGCUCAACCGACCAAUCCCAAUGACCUCCACUCUCCCCAGCCACCCAUCCGCCGCGACUUUGGCCGCCCGCGAGCUGUCCAUGAGGCAGCUUGACGGCAGCAUUCAACGAUCCGCAAACCUCAUCAACAUGGCCAAGAAGCCCGUCAUCUACGCCGGUCAGGGUGUUCUCGGCCACCCCGAUGGUCCCAAAAUGCUCAAGGAACUCUCCGAAAAGGCUCAAAUCCCCGUGACCACUACUCUGCAAGGCCUGGGCGCCUACGACGAACUCGACCCGAAAUCCCUCCACAUGCUCGGCAUGCACGGCUCCGCCUUUGCCAACAUGUCCAUCCAAGAAGCCGAUCUGGUCAUCGCCCUGGGCGCCCGCUUCGACGAUCGCAUCACCGGUCAUGUCCCACGCUUCGCUCCUCAAGCCCGCCUUGCCGCGAGUGAAGGCCGCGGCGGUAUCAUCCACUUCGACAUCCAACCCAAGAACAUUAACAAAGUCGUGCAAGCGACCGAAGCCGUCGAAGGCGAUGUGACCGCUAACCUCCAGCUCCUCCUCCCGCACAUUACAUCCCGCACCGAGGCUGAUCGUAAAGAGUGGUUCGGCCAGAUCGAUGCUUGGAAAGAGCGUUUCCCGUGGGCGUAUGAGAAGGAAGACGGCCCCGAUGGCGCCAUCAAGCCCCAAACUGUCAUCGCGAAGUUAUCCGACCUCACUGCCCACCGCAAGAACGAGACCAUCAUCACCACCGGCGUCGGCCAGCAUCAAAUGUGGACAGCCCAACAUUUCCGCUGGCGCGCUCCCCGCACAAUGAUCACCUCCGGCGGUCUCGGCACGAUGGGCUACGGCUUGCCAGCAGCCAUUGGCGCAAAGGUCGCCAUGCCGGACAAAUUGGUGGUCGACAUUGACGGCGACGCAUCCUUCCUCAUGACGCAAACCGAAAUGUCAACCGCAGCGGAGUUCAACAUCGGCGUCAAAGUCAUCGUGCUCAACAACGAGGAACAGGGAAUGGUCACACAAUGGCAGUCCCUCUUCUACAACGAUCGUUUCUCCCACACCCACCAGCGGAACCCCGACUUUGUCAAGUUGAGCGAGGCGAUGCACGUACCCGCGCGGCGAACCGUGAAAUUGGAGACCUUGGAGGAGGAUCUGAAGUGGUUGAUCGAGGGCUCCGGCGAGGGACCGGCAUUCUUGGAAGUCAAGGUGGAUCAGAAGGUUCCCGUAUUGCCAAUGGUGCCUGGCGGAUCUGCGCUGCAUGAGUUUUUGGUUUACGACGAGGUGAAGGAGAAGGAGAGGAGGAAGAGGACGAAGGAGAGGAGUGGGCGGUAG